UGUAGCAAGUUGCUGGUGUGAAAAACGCUCGUGCAAAUCCCUUUGCGAUCGCUAAGACAUACAUUUUUGACGGCGGCGCUCUUAUUCACUUCAUCACUUUCUUUACGCGAUAGUUGUUUGGCCAGGAAAAGUUUGUCUGUGUGCUGCAGUCCGUCCCCAGCAUCAGCUUGUUAAAGGUUGAUAGUUUGCAAAAAUUUUUGCAUUUCAUCGUUUGCGAUCUUCAGUCACUUUUCGCGUUUUCCAACGACAACACCAAAAUGCGGACAAUAGCUGCCGUUAUUGUGACCGUACUUUUAGCGUCCGCAGUGGCCAGUGGAGCAACGGCAACAUUUUCGCGCGGUGAACACACAAACGCGACGGAGGGGGUGUCACUGGCGCGUAUCAAUUUCCUGGUUGGUGUGGCAGAGUUGGGCGCGUUGCACGAAAAUGGCACGCGCUGUGGCAGAGAACUUGAAACACUGCUGAAGGCUGUUGCCAGCAAAGAGUUUUGGAGCUUAAAAGUGCUCGACUCUUUUGGCGCGCCACCGAAAUCCUUCAGCUGGGGCAACUACUACUGGUUCGCUUCGCAAAAGCACUGCGAUGAUCUAAAUACGCCAUACGCGGUCGCUUUCUCACCGGCACAUCUGCGCAGCUAUAGGAUGAACCCUUUCAACGUCACCAGUCCGUUUCGUCUGCGCCUCACCAUGAUUUACAUGCGCUUCUCCACGCCUCGCUACAUCAAUUUGCGACUGCCAUUUGAGUCUUUUAUUCAUAUCGGCUUGUGUUUACCGCAAUCCUGCGCGAUCGCAGCGCUGCAACGCUACACAGACGAAUAUUUUCAGCGCGGCGACUUUGUGAUGCAACGCGACUUCGAACUGCAAUUGCAAUCGGUGUCGGCCAGAGCACCGACUUUCGGUUUAGAUUUCUUCCAGCAAACCGGAACUAUAAUUUCCAUCACCAUUCUCACCACACUGCUAUUGCUGAUUGGCUUAGCUGAAAUCGUGCAUCGUUCCAAAGAGAAGCUGCAGCUACAACAACUGCUGCUGACAAAAGCUCCCCUUGUCGCACCAUCAAAUGGUGGUGUGCACAUAGCCAACGUAUCGGUGGAGCCAAUAAACGAAAGUGCUGCCAAAAGCUCAACACUGGAGGAGCUUUUGCUAUGUUUCCGAUUGGCCGAGAAUUGGCGGCGUGCACUCCAGCCAGAGCGGGCAAAUUCAAAUGCAAACUUUUUGAGCGCUAUUGCCGGCUUGCGCACCAUCAUAUGCCUUUGGGUGUCCACUUUCCACGUCUACUACUACUCGUUGUUCGCACUAUCGAAUGCACCAAUGAUGUUUGCUGCAUUGGCGAAUUUUCUAUAUCAGCCGCUUCUGCAGGCUGUCUUUUUUGUGGAUAUUUUCUUUGUUAUGAGCGCUCUCCUGCUUGUCUACAAUUUUCUAUCAACUGAAUCAAGGCUGAAGGCGAUACGCCAAAAUGGUUUCGUGCAGAAUACAAAAUUAUUUGGCCAGCUUGCAUUGAAUCGGUAUUUGCGGCUCACGCCAAUGCUCAUCGUCACCAUACUUCUAAGCGACGUAGCCUACGAUUUGAUCAACACAUAUUCACCCUUCUACUUGGGCGCCAACAGCGGCUAUUAUUGCAAGCAACGCUGGUGGUAUAACCUGCUCUACAUACAAAACUUCUUGGACAUGCGAGAUAUCUGUUGCUCGUGGACUUGGUAUCUGGCUUGUGAAAUGCAGUUCUACCUACUCACCACAGCAUUGCUAUUUUUGUAUGCCAAAAGUGAACGUUUGGCCAAAAUCGUCUUCGCCACGUGUGCGUUGGGCUUUGCCAUAAUUGGAUGGUUGUGCAAUUACAACAAUGGCAUUACGUUUGACCUAGACGUCCUACAUUCGACGCUGAAUCAGCUGUAUGUGAAACCGUGGGUGCGCAUCAAUCCCUAUCUCGGCGGUGUCCUUUGUGGCUGGUGGCUGCAUCAUCAUCGCCAGAGGGGCGGCCAGCGAUACCAUUAUCAUCAUCGACAGCAGCACCAACAACGGGAGAAGCAACAGGCCCAGUCGCAAUCAGAAUUUCGGCCAUCACAGAUUCAUACGCAACAGCAGCAGCAGCAGCAACAACAACAACACCAGCAACAGCAACGAGCGCAACAACAAUGUGAGACGGCGAGAAAUAGUGGUAAUAUUGGUUGGUGGCAUGCGGCUUUUUGGCUUUUCAUCGCCAUCGUCUAUGUGGUGGCGAAUUUCAUGAGCUACUGGCGCAACACACCCACAUGGCUGGUGGCAUCAAUUAUGUCCUUUGGCAAAUUGCUUUUCGCACUUUGCAUCGGCGGCGGCAUUUUGAUGUGCGCCUGGGGAUACGGCGGCCGCUUGAAUGCCUUGCUAAGUGCGCAUCUCUUUCGGCUGUUGAAUAAAUUCUGCUUCAGCAUUUAUUUGUUAACGCCCGUCGUUACAAUAGUCGCCUAUGGACUGCGCAAUGAGCCGACCAGCUUCAAUGAAAUUGGCUCCGUAACGGAUUUUGUUGCGGUGAAUGUGUUGGCGGUGCUGUCUUCGUUUUUGGCCUAUGUGCUUGUGGAGUUGCCCAUGCAGCGGGUAUGCAACAGAUUGUUGUGCAAGCGGUGCUAGCGGCAGGAAGGCGAAGGGAAGCUGUGCUGGCAACAAGGGGAGCAGAACCAGGUGGGUACAACAAUCAAUAGUUGUGUAAGAAAUCUUUCUAUUUUUACUUUGUUAAUUUUUAUUUCUAAUUUUAUACAUAAAAUUACGUUACAUAAUCGAAGAGGAAUUAUAAAAUUUCCUUUUACUUGUAUUUAUAUGUACAUUUUUAUAGACAAGAAUUUUUAUGAUUCAUGUAAAGUGUAAACUUUUAAAAUUUAUGAUUUUUUGUUGCAAAACUUUAAUGCUCAUAUUACAAUAA